AUGGGCAUGCCAAGCCUUGGCACAGACAACGGCUCCCUCGAUCAUAUGGAUACAGCGAGCAGCAGUACGACCGCCAAUGCUACGGCUACGGCUUCGGGCAAUACAACGGCAUCGAAUAUCACAGCUCCUCCGCUGCCUCCGCUGCCUCCAGGCUUUAUCAAUCCACUCGAGACGGGCGGGAUUAUGUUGGGAAAAUACAAAGACCGCCCAUACGAGGGUGAGCCCCUGAACAUCAUCAUUGCGAGUAACUCGUCAAAGGAUAUGAUGGAUGCGGAAGGCUUCCUGAUUUGGGCAACUGCGCUGGGAUUUGGCGUCUCCUGCCUGGGCCAAGGCGAUCCACAGACGAUCAUGUAUGCCAAUUUGGGUGAAAGAAAUCCUGCCGUGAAGCAGGGCUCUGGGUAUGGCUUAAAUGGCGUUUUGCGUUGGAAUUACGGUAUGCCGGAAGUAGGCACAUGUCGAGAAUCCCUCGAGGGUGGGAACCAUUUCCGCUGGUUCGUGCAGGAAUCGCCAAAGGGAAACGCUAUCUUUUUAGCACCAUCGCUAGAGCAGAGCUUGGCAAACUUGCACAACAUCCAAGUCGAUGGCUACAAUCGCGGCCGCGAUCAGAUUGUGCAAAUCGCGACAAAUCCCAAUGGUAUCACGUGGGAAGGUAACACUUUUAACGCGACGGUAACAUGGAUCGAGCCAGGACGCCUCAUGAAUGCUACGUCGGCCAACAUCAGCCAUGCCGAAAUGGCAGCGCCUGGUCAACCAGUUGUUGAUGGCCGUGUGGCUGUGCUGUACGUGCAGACGAUAACACGAUCAAAUCAAAAUACAACGCAAAAUCAAGCGCGCUCGCAGUUGAUGUAUUCGCCUACAUGGGUAUGGCUUAUGAUUACGAUCGUCUUUUUAUUCAUGUAUGAGAUUGUUGAAUGUAUAUAG